GUUACGAAAGUUUUGCUAAAAUACGGAGCAAAUCCUGAUCUUCGUGAUGAGGAAGGGAAAACAGCACUGGAUAAAGCAAAUGAAAAAAGUGAAGAGGGUCAUCAGGAAGUGGCUCGAAUUCUAGAAAGUCCAAGCGUUUACAUGCAAAAAAGUGUCGAAGGAGGGACAGAGAACGAUGGAGUGAAAGACUCGACCAGUGCGGAGAGAGUUGGAGAAGCAGUUAUUCGCCAGCUUCUGGAACAGCUUUUGCCUGUUCUGUGCGAUGUUUAUCAGCGAUCACUUUGUGCCAGUGUGCAGAAAUCGAGCCUUUCUCUACUGCGCAAAACCAUCCGCCACAUAUCAUCAGAAGCAUUGGAGAUAUUGGUUUCGAACGAUGAUGAAGAGGAUAUCAUGACUGACUCAAGCUCCUGUUGUGGGCAGCGACUUGCCGAAAAUCUUGUUGGCGUGCUGAUGGCCGGCUUUGAGCAUGAAAACGAUAUCGAUAUACAAGACAACGUUUUGCAGGUAACUGUGCUCAUACGUGAAGCGAGCAUUUAUUGA